GAAAGGGCGGGUAAAUUCCUUUCUUCGUUCCUUUCUCCGGAGUCUCUCUCUCCUCUCUCUCUCUCUCUCUCGUCAAAUGGAAGGCGAAGAGAGGGUCGGCUCCGGCUCCGGCUCCGGCUCCGCCUCCUCCCCGUCGCCGCCACUGCACGAUGAUGUUGGUUCCGAUCCCGCGGAUGAAGUCGUCGAACUUGAAAAUCAUUCUUCGGUGUUGGACGAAGAUCAAGAUCACGAGCAUGAGCAUGAGCAGGAGCAGGAGCAGGGGCACGACCACGGUCAGGAUCACCCGGCUGAGACAGUUACAUCCGUGGAUGAUCUCAAGCUUAAGAUCAUUAGGCAGGUAGAGUAUUAUUUCAGCGAUGAAAAUCUUCCAACUGACAAGUUCCUGAUUGGUUUCCUCAGAAAGAACAAGGAAGGAUUUGUUCCUAUAUCAGUCAUCGCUUCCUUUAGAAAAAUGAAGAAGCUUACUCGAGAUCAUUCAUUAAUAGUUGCUGCAGUGAAGGAAUCUUCCCUACUUGUUGUGAGUGGUGAUGGGAAAAGUGUUAAACGGCUCAAUCCAUUUCAACUGCAUGAAGUUAGAGAUCCAAAGUUUUUUACUGUUCUGGUAGAGCAUUUGCCAGAGGAUCACUCAGAGGAAAACAUUCGGCGAAUUUUUAGUGAAGCUGGAAAGAUAAAAAAGAUAAGCAUCCAUGAUCCAUGUGCUAUUGAAGGAUCUCAAAGGUCUCGGAAGCAGAACAUGAUUAGUCGCAAGUUACAUGCUCUUGUGGAAUACGAGACUGUUGAGGCUGCUGAGAAAGCUGUGGCUACUUUUAAUGACGAACAGGACUGGAGAAAUGGCUUGCGGGUUAAAGUUCUUAAGAAAAUGAUUAAGGAUGGACACAGCAGAAAGCAAGCUUGGAAGGGAUCUGAUUCUGAGAAGAAUAGCACUAGGACUGGCCGUGUAUCUGAGUUAACUGGAGACGGGGAGCAUCAUAGCUCUAAUGAGCAUAAUGAGGAUACACCUCAUGAAGAGGAUGGAGAACAUUUGUCAAAGGAUAAAGGCGGGCAAAGAAAUAGAAAUCAGGGGCGCUCAAGAAAACAUAAAUAUCGAGGCAUGCAUGGAAUGGGCCAUGGCAGUACUUCCUCUUCUCAUCAUGCCACUGAAGCACCAAAGCCACCUCCGGGACCAAAAAUGCCCGACGGCACUAGAGGAUUCACAAUGGGCCGAGGGAGGGUUCCUGCAUCCUCUCCCAAUUAGUGAUCCAACAAGUGCUGAUAUUUUAAGAUGGAGCUGCCAAUGCGAAUUCAAUACCAAUAGUAAAUACGAUUCAUCACUUAAUUAUAUUUAAACACAAUAUACUUUAUCGUCCUUUGACUGUCGUGUUGUAUCACAGAUUCAUGUCAAUAUGGAUCCAUGUCGAUAUGUUGCAUAACUAGGACAAAGCUUUGGCUGUUUUUUGCACUUCUCUGCCAUUUGUAUCGUUCUGUUAGUGUAUCUGCAGGAGUCAACGUCCAAGGGAUGGUUCCACUGCUAGUUUUGGUGGGCUCUAUGUUGAGUCAGUGUGGCUACUUGCUAGCAGGCAUAUGGCCAAAUUCAGAUGUUUUUUGGUUUUUUUGGCCAAAGAUUCGUUAGUUUGGUGAAAGACAAGGUUUUUGUUUUACCAUUUAUUUCAUAUUUCUGAUGAGAAAUCUUUGUACAGAAUAUCCUUAUGAUCAAUUGUGUUGUGUCCUGGUGGUGAUGAAA